CACAGUUGCGCCGCUUGGUAAUUCGUGGGCGCUGGAGCGAAGCGGAGAGAAGAAACGGAGAAAGUGUUUUAGCAAGUCAGUCGUAGGAGAGGUAGCACACCGACCUUUCGGCAAUACUUAGACCUUUUCUCCCCGAAGCAUUAUCGUUCUGUCUGCGUCUGAUAGUGCAUCUGAAAGGAAUAUCAUUUUGAUAUAAGACACCUGAUGUGUGGGUUGUGCCCGAACUAGCCUAACUCUUGGUGAAGAGCCAUCAAAAGAAAUGGGGCCAUUUGGAGCGCUACUGUGGAUUUCACAUUAUGUGGGACUUUUCGUUCAACUAUACGCUGCUUCCCAAGCGAGUGGAUAUACUAACGUGGACAACCACGUAUCUGGCAAUGCUCUUUUCACAGAAGUCCCUCAUGAUAUUGUCACUCAGAGUGGUCAGGACGUGGAAAUGGCCUGCUCUUUUAGAGGGGCUGGUUCAACCUCUGUCUCCUUGGAGAUCCAGUGGUGGUAUCUUCGCCACCACAGAGAAGGGGCCGAGAAACCUGCUUGGACAACCAAUCAGGUUGUGUCGAAUGAGGACAUGCCCAGGGAUGCCACUAAAAUAAGCGUGGUAAAAGUGGCUGGCAGCAACAUCUCUCACAGGCUUCGCCUAUCCAGCGUUAAACCUACAGAUGAAGGCACUUACGAGUGCCGUGUCAUUGACUUCAGCAACAAUCGGGCCCAGCACCACAAAGUCAGAGCCUACCUGCAAGUACAGCCACCAGGCUCUGGUGCAAACGUCCAUAAGAAGGACAAACAGCUACCAGCUAGAGGCUACCAGCGCCAAACCGAGGAGCACAAUCUCCACUAUGGGAGCCAUCAGUUGCAUAAGGGGUAUGGUCAGUUCAAAGAGAGAGAAAAUCAGGAGAGGGAACACCAAGAGUUGCAUGGAGACUUUAGGCAUCAGAAGGACCAUCGCAGGAGCCGCCAUGGUGAUCGGGAUGAUGAAGGGGAGAAAAAGGAGGCUCCUUCUGCCCUCCACCAUGGAGAACAUUAUCAGAGAAACACUCAAAGUCUCCAUGAUGGGGACUACCUUCUGGUCAAUAGGCAGACACAGGCAUGGAAGAAGGGCCAAGCAAAAAGCCAACAAUCAGAGUUUAGAGGCAACAAGGGACAUGAUAUAGAGAAUCCUGAUGACUGUUUAACUGAUGGCUGUGUGCUCUAGAGUUUUGACAAGGGGGGGAAAGCAUAAAGAGAAAGACAGAGACUGCAGAAAAACAAUAAGACUUAUGUGAAUGAGAAGAUUCAGAACAAGGAAGGAUGGGAGAAGUCUGAGAGAGGGAGUGAAAAGAGUGCAUGUGAAAGCAUAUUAAGAAUGUUCAUCAAUCUCAAGGAGAAGUGGACAAACUUGGGCAAUGUGUACUACAUGUUACUACAGAAUAUCUCUGUUUUAUGCCUCCAUGCUUCUGCUCCUCAAUGCAUAUCUUUUGAACAUGCCAAUUUUUGUCUUAUGGCCUAGCUGAUUUGGACAAAGUGGGGUAGUGGGCUUCUUUUUUUUUUUGGCUGUACCUUCCUGCACCAUUUGAAUGUUUUCAAUACUUUGUGUGUGUGCGUGUGCGUGUGCACGUGUGCGUGCACGUGCGUGUGCGUGUGUGUGUGUGUGUGCGUGUGCAUGUGUGCGUGCAGCUGUGUAUGUUUAAGCCACUUUGUUUACUGUGUACAGUAAAUUUUUUUGGAUAAUAACUCAUUAUGCUUUGCAUUACAACCCAAUUUCCAAAUUAGAUUUUGCAUUAAGGUUCACAAAAAGAACUGCAGUUUAACAGUGUUUGAUGUUCUCUGCUUUCAUAUUGUGGGUAAAAAAAAAACAUGCUGUGCCUCUCUUGGGUUUACUCUGUCCUACUUUGAUGUUUUGUAUUAAUGUAUACAUUCUAUACAAUUCUAAAUACAUUUACAUGUGUUGCAUUAGAAGGAUAAAAUAUCCAUGUAUUAUUAAAUGAAUCAUGUUAACUUACAAAGAAUUCUGUUUUAAUCCUCUGUAUAUUUUCAAUCUCACAGUAUUCUGUCUGUGAAUUUAGGCUUUGAAAAUUACUUUGUCUUAAAUUUGGAUAGAAUUCCAUUAACAAUAAAGGGUGUGUGUGUGUGUGCGUGCGCGUGUCUUUGUUUGUGUGAGUAUACAACUAUGUUUAAGCUACUGUGUGUAAUAUGUACAGCACAUUUUUGGAUAAUGACUCUUUAUGCUUUGCAUUACAACCCAGUUUCCAAAUUAGAUUUUGCAUUAAGGUUCACAAAAAAAACUGCAAUAUAGCAGUGUUUUGAUGCUCUGUGUGUGUGUGUGUGUGUGUGUGUGUGUGUGUGUGUGUGUGUGUGUGUGUGUGUGUGCGCGCGCACGCGCGUAAUAGUAAGUGCGUCUGUGUGUUUGUGUUUUAGGUAAAUUUGUCUGUCAGCUUACUCGAACUCUAUUCCUGACAAACUGAACCUAGUGCACUAGUGCCUCCUUCAGUACAAGUUAAGAAAUGCUAUCAGACUGUCCUCAUCUGUUAACAGGUUUAACAGGUGGAAGGAUGGAAUUUAUUAAUCAGUGAGUUUGAGUAGUCUGAACUUAUUAAUAAAUGAUUUCUCACUCAUAUGAUAUAUUAACUAAUAAAUAAUCAUUCAUAUUUAUUCUCACUUGUGAUAAUCACAUUAAAGUAGCAUUAUAUUUUUUGUGACCCGUAUACUCUAUAACCAACAGUAUAUCUUGCAUAAGCCAUAUUAAAAUCUGUUAAUCAGUAUAAUGUGUAAUUAUAGUCAGUUAUGUGUUGCCUAAUGUUUCUUUUUACAGUGUGAAUAUAAAACUACAUUUCAUUCAUCACUGCUCAGGUCCAAGGACACACUCACUCCCUGUGAAACCCCUUUGUUAAAUUAGAAUUAGCUCAACACCUGGAGAGAUGUGUCUCCACCUUCUGAGAAACAGACAGUGGGAAUGUUUGUGGACUGGUGUUAUAACUACAAUCCUGAGCUUGAUUUUUUUUUUAAUGUAUGCUUUGUUUGGGGGUCUGCCCCAUUUUUAAUUCUUCUCACUGUUGAUGUACGUCAGAUACACUUUUGUUCAACAAUAAAUUUGUGAUCUUCCUCAAGAA